AUGGAGGAGGAGGUGUACCUGCCGUCACAAACUGAGUUGUAUAAUAGGGUGCUUCUGGGAGCGGUGCUUCCUUCGGCUCUGGGAGAAAACCUUCCCCACUACUUUCAGACGUUUCUCCGUAACUACAUCUUCGGAAUUGCUCACUGCUUCCUAUCCGCUGGUCUCUGGUCCUUUUACAUCUACUACUUCAAGGGUCACGUAUACUUUCCCAAUGGUAAGAUACCAAGGAAAGCAGCGAUACUGAAGCAGAUGUGGUUGACCAUCAAAGCAUUCCCUUUCUAUGCUGGACUGGCGACAGCGUCGGAGUACAUGAGUGAGAGAGGGUGGACAAGGUGCUUUGCACGGAUAGAGGAAGUUGGCUGGCCCAUGAACAUUUGCUAUAUGGUCAUCUACCUGUUGUGCACUGAGUUUUUGAGCUACUGGGUGCACCGACUCCUGCAUGACAUAAAGCCACUGUUCAAGUACUUCCACGCGAGCCACCACAUGUUCAACAAGCAGACCAACAUUUCUCCAUUUGCGGGUUUCGCUUUUCAUCCAGUAGAUGCUGUGCUGGAGACAUCGCCACAGGUGGUUGCGAUCUUGCUGGUGCCAAUGCACUACACCACCUACCAGGUGCUUUUCUUCCUGGACGCGCUCUGGUCGAUCAACAUACAUGACUGCAUCCAUGGGAGGGUGUGGCCCAUCUUGGGUGCGGGCUACCACAUGCUCCAUUACACCACCAACCGCCACAACUAUGGCCGCUACACCCUACUUCUGGACUGGUUCUUUGGUACCCUUCGCGACCCUGACGCUGAGGAGGAGGAGAAGAAGAAGAAGAAGCUGCAGCAGAAGGCCUUCUGA